AUGACCUCCCCAGCUGCGGCCAGGGCGGCACAAUCCCCCUGCAGACUGGUCCCUCCCUGUAAACAGGGCAACCACGGUUUCUACAUCGAUGCGAACGGCGAGCGUGUGAACAAGACUAUCGGGAAGUAUUACUUCACUGAAGACGCACUCCAGCAAGAUCUUGCAGCCCUCAAAAGGGGGGAGGCGUACGACAAGGAUGACUUCUUCAGAAGGGCAAAGGCAUGGUACAAGGCCGAGAUUGACCGGAAUAUCCACUUCGAAACUGUACAACAGGAGAUGUUCCAACCCGCCUCCAACUCGGCCGUUUCGAAACACGUCGUACAUAAAAACGAAACUCCAGCGUCGCCGAAUAAAGAUUUAGACUUCGUUUCCCGUCGUACAAUCGAGACUCGAUCUCAAACGCCAACCCGAAUCCAGCCCGUCCGCGCCGCAAAACGGAAAGCCACCACACUGCCCCCGACCAAGCGGCCCCCACGACGCAACAAGAAGAUGGAAUCGGAAUCCGGACGAGCAGUGAGAUCCACCGCAAUUCAGCCAGGGCUACAAUCCGUCAACUCGCACAGACCCAAAACAGAAACCGAGACAAGAGGCGACUACAUCCUAGCCGGAUACGACUGGGCCCAGUUCCUCAACGGCAACCAGGGCGAGCACCACCCUUCACCCUGGUCCUGCGUGCAGCUGCAGGGUCUUGACGUGGCGUAUUUCUGCAUGCGGUUGGAAAGGGUGGUGGAGGCACAGAUUAGCGAGCUUCUUGCCGAGCAAAGCCUUGGGACGGAUCAUGAACCCAGACGCAAAGAACCCGACAAGCGCCCCGCCGCCGCUGCCCAGGACUCCUCCGCAGGGAUGAAAGAAGCCAUCCCAAAUCCCCACGGCGGCAAGGCAAAACCACAAGCACCAGUAGCCCCUCCAGCCUCUAUUCCUGACCACACAACAACUCACCCCCAAAUCCAAAUCCAAACCCAAACCCACCCCAACCCCAACCCCGUCCACAACCACCACCACCACCCCCCGCCGCCGCCGCCACCAACCCCCUUCUCACCCGCCGCAGCCCUUCGCCCCAGAGCGAAGACUGGCGAACCACCAUGCACAACCAUUAACACCAUCUUCACCACCCCCACUUCCACCCACCACCCUCACCCGCCACUUAAACCCCAAACCUCAGCAUCACCAUCAACAUCCACCACCACCACCAACCUGAGCAGCCUCCGAUAG